AAAAACAAAACGCGGUGACAACAAGCGACUAUCUAUACCUUAGUGUAAGAGGUAAAAGACGUACUGAAGAAACAUAUACAUUAAAAAUGAAGCUUGCACUCAUUGUUGGUAUUGUCGCUGCGGUGCUGGUGGCCGAGGCAUCAUGCCAGUAUCCUCAUAUAAUAUAUCCUACGUACAGGCCGCCACCACAACGACCGAUUAUAAUCCGGACAGCGCGACAGGCGGGUAACGGAGAGCCGUUGUGGCUCUACAAGGAUGACAACAUAGACCGUGCACCAACGUCCGGGGAUAUCCCCCGCCUGCCGCCCUACAUCGACCCCAUAAAGCUGGACCCUCACACCAGGACCGCUCGCAGUUACGACUCGGGCAGCUCAAGGCGCGCCGGCGGCACUCACACAUCUGGCGGCAGUAGGGACACCGGUGCAACGCAUCCCGGCUACAACCGCAGAAACAUGGCGAAGUUUUUACCUAUACUUGCCAUAUUGGCUGUGUUCGUCGGUGAAUCAUUGUGUGGAGUUCGUGUUAUUAGACCUACAUAUAGACCGCCACCGCAGAGGCCUGUGAUUAGAACAGCACGACAAGUCAACGAUGAACCGCUGUGGUUGUACCAAGGCGAUGAUGUAAUCAAAGCACCUUCCACUGGAGAGCAUCCUUAUUUACCUCCUUACAUUGACGACAUCAAAUUGGACCCCAACAUUAGAGUCGCCCGAAGCUUCGACUCCCGUAGCUCCAAGCAUUCUGGAGGAAGCCACAGCACUUCAAGUGGUAGCAGGGACACAGGAGCUACUCAUCCAGGCUACAAUCGUCGCAACGCAAGAAGUAUCCAAACUCCUCCUCUAUUUCCCACAUUGUCACCGACUAGACCACGUUACGUCCCCAUCUACGUGCGGUCCCCACGCGACAUACAGUUUCAAGGAUUUAAAAAGCCAACCUACCAUGAUGUGGUGAUCCCGAAUUGGAACCCAAAUGUUAAAACGGAUCCUCGACAGAUACUCAGAAUUAAGUCUCGGAAUUAAGUACCGCAGGAGUGUCAAAGUGGAGAAUUAUUUGUAAAACCUUAUCCAGAACAAUAUUAUUUACUUACAUUAUAAUUUACUGUUA